GCGGGACCGACGAGGCGUCUGUGGCCCGGAAGUCCGGGCCCUGCGGCCGGGUCGGCUGAUCCUGGAGAUUCUCCAGGAUAACUUAGAAGCUGCCAAUGGCUGUCGAUAUUCAACCAGCAUGCCUUGGACUUUACUGUGGGAAGACCCUAUUGUUUAAAAAUGGCUCAACUGAAAUAUACGGAGAAUGUGGGGUGUGUCCGAGAGGACAGAGAACAAAUGCACAGAAAUAUUGCCAGCCUUGCACAGAGUCCCCAGAGCUUUAUGAUUGGCUGUAUCUUGGAUUCAUGGCUAUGCUUCCUCUUGUUUUGCAUUGGUUCUUCAUUGAAUGGUACUCGGGAAAAAAGAGUUCCAGUGCACUUUUCCAACACAUCACUGCAUUAUUUGAAUGCAGUAUGGCAGCUAUUAUCACCUUACUUGUGAGUGAUCCAGUUGGUGUUCUUUAUAUCCGUUCAUGUCGAGUACUGAUGCUUUCUGACUGGUACACAAUGCUUUACAACCCAAGUCCAGAUUACGUUACCACAGUGCACUGUACUCAUGAAGCUGUCUACCCACUCUACACCAUUGUAUUUAUCUAUUAUGCCUUCUGCUUGGUAUUAAUGAUGCUGCUCCGACCUCUCCUGGUAAAGAAGAUUGCCUGUGGGUUAGGGAAAUCUGAUCGAUUUAAAAGUAUUUAUGCUGCACUUUACUUCUUCCCAAUUUUAACUGUGCUUCAGGCAGUUGGCGGAGGCCUUUUAUAUUAUGCCUUCCCGUACAUUAUAUUAGUGUUAUCUUUGGUCACUCUAGCUGUGUACAUGUCGGCCUCUGAAAUAGAGAACUGCUAUGAUCUGCUGGUCAGGAAGAAAAGACUCAUUGUUCUCUUCAGCCACUGGUUACUUCAUGCUUAUGGGAUAAUCUCCAUUUCCAGAGUGGAUAAACUCGAACAAGAUUUACCCCUUUUGGCUUUGGUACCCACACCAGCCCUUUUUUACUUGUUCACUGCAAAAUUUACUGAACCUUCACGGAUACUCUCAGAGGGAGCCAAUGGACACUGAAUAUAAAAUGCCAAAAAAGCCUAAGAAGUAUUCUUAAUAAAAAAGUACAGAAAUAAAAAGUAUGUAUUAGUAUUCUUCUGUCAUACAUGGGAAUAAGAUUGUCAGUAUAACUUAAUGUUUUUGGUUGGUUGGUUUGGUUUUAGUUUUGACUAGAGACUUAAUGGUUAGACUUGGAAAAUACAAAAUACUCUGUUACAUAGUAAAAUACACUAGACAUUUACAGCACACUAUUAGAUGGCACACUAUUAGGAAGCACUUGCCUUGCAACAAUUUAGUUAUUCUUUAGAGUAAAAUCAUGUUUCUGUGUACCUACCAGUAUGUUGUUUCUUUUGUUAUUAAGAAAAACUUUAACAAGUAUAAUCUGAAAUCCGUAGUUUUGCCACAAUUGUGCAUGCCUGUUGUUUUUGCUGGUUAUGUAUAACUAAUUAUAAAGACGUACAUACCUGUGGGGUCUGAUAGCAAACAUGGAAGUAAAGUAUGUUGUUUUUAUCUAUUUAUUUUGACCAAUACAGUAUUUUGAUCUAUUACAAAAAUAGGCCACAAUUUAUAUAACUGGUUUCCUGUGUACGGGUAGUUUGUUUGAAGAUCUAUUAGGGUUAUUCCUGUUCCUGUAAAGAAAAACAGUCAUGAACAGCUUAGCUACAAAAAGCCUCGGAUGUUCCAUUUGUAUUUGCCACAAUAAUCAUGGGAAUUCAGAAUAUUAGGUAGUGAGGUUAAUGUCUUUUUCCCAAAUGAAUAAACACAUGUACUCACAUACUCCCUUUUACAUCUUUUUUUUUUUCAGAACAUCAUUAAAAAAAAAUUUUAUUGUUCAAUCAAUUACAGUUGUCCCAUUAUUCCCCCAUUACUCUCCACUGCCCACCCCUCACCUCCUACAUUCAAUCCUCCUCGGGCCCCCCUCGCACCCCCAUUGCCUUUGCCCGUGGGUCCUUCAUACAUGUCCUUGGGCCCUUCCCCUUCUUUCCCAUUAUCCUCUCCCCACUCCCCCGUGGUCACUGUCAGUUCGGUCUUUAUUUCCGUCUCUGGUUCUGUUUUGCUCCUUGUUUGUUUUGUUGAUUAGCUUCCACUUAUAGGUGAGACAUCUCAUUUCUUAAGGAUGCAUACACAUGCCAUAUUUUUAGAUUCGGAGACACCUUUUUUCCCCACAUUGUGAUAUUUCCGAAUCUUGCAAUCAAUGGCUUCUUAGAUUUAACAAAAUACAGAAUAUAUACAGCAUAUAAACCUCCUGU